AUGACGAUACAAUGGCCCCCAUCAAAGAGAAAUCAACUCGGCAUCGCCACUUUAUCUCUUGGUAACUGGAGAAGCCAUCCUCUUGAGCCUAGACUCAGAGCCGCCGCCGAAGCUGGCUACGAGUGGAUAGAUCUUUUUGACGAAUGCUGGGCGGCUUACUUGGAGGAGAAUGACCUACCAGGGGACCAGUUAUGGGAGCCGACUCCUCGCAAUCUAGAAAUCGCCCGGAAACUCGGUGAACUCGUCAGGUCACUGGGAAUGCGUAUUGCUUGUACCCAACCGCUUCGCCAGAUCGAGGGCAUCAAAGACCCCACGGAGCGUCGCGCAACCCUUGAUCUAGUCGCCAAACGAUUCCCUUUUAUGCGGGCGUUUGAUACUGAUCUGGUCUUCAUGUGUGCAAAUAUCCGCACUGACAAUGGUGUGACUCCAGACCUGAGAACCGUCGCGCGUGACUUGGCUGAGCUCGGCGACAUGGCGGCGGCAUAUGCACAGGCAGAUGGCGGCCGAAUGCUAAAGAUUGGAUACGAAGGGCUAUCUUGGGCAACAAGAAAUACUUGGUCAUCUUCAUGGGAAGCGGUUCGAUUUGCCAAUCGUCCAAAUGUGGGCUUGAUUCUGGAUGCCUUCAACAUUCUGGCCGUUGAGUUUGCAGACCCCUAUAACCCAGCAGGGCAUGGACGUAUCUUUCCAACUCUAAAAGAGUCCCUUCAAAUUCUCAUGAACUCGCUUAUAUCGCUCACGGCCACUGUGCCCGGUGACCGAAUCUUCUUCUUCCAAUGUGGCGAUGCAGAGUUGAUGAACCCGACAACAUUUUCUCCACCUUCAGAUCCAAAAACCCCACUACUUCUUCCAUGGUCAAGAAGCCAUCGCCUCUAUCCUCUAGAACAAUCAAGAGGUGGCUAUAUGCCAGUCGAGCUUGUCACGGCCGCUGUGCUGGCAACCGGCUACGAGGGAGCGAUAUCGCUGGAGGUUUUCAAUACAUCUUUGAACGAGCCAAGUCGUGACGUUCCACCAAUCCAUGCCACAAGGGGCAUGAACGGAUUACAGAAUCUUGUUGAAAUUUCAAGGAGACUCCCUCCAUUCUGGGAAACCAAGUCGCAUGCUCGGGAAGCUUUAGGUCUUGUCGCCCAGAGACUACAGAAUGGCAGGCAUCGUCUUUAA